AUGAGAGACCUCUCAAAGUAUAGGCCAUACAACUGCAAUCUUGCGCCUGAUAACCUAAACCUUGCGGGCAUCGCUGCGAAGAUAAAAGAGCAGAAUAAAGACACCAUGAAGCCUAGCGAAAUCGUCAUCCUUGUGACAGGCGAAGUGGGUGCGGGGAAAAGCACGUUCAUUAAUCGCCUACUCGACCCCAACAGCCCGCAGAUGCCAGUAGGGCACGGGCAGGCUGCUUGCACAACCGAAUUGAACUCCGUACGGAUAAAUCGAAAUGGUGUGUGCUGGAUUGUGGUGGAUACACCAAGCUUCAACCAGGCGGACAAAUGCGACCAGGAGAUCCUCCUGCAGAUUUCCACAUGGCUGAAGGAUAACUUUGGUGACACUAUCAACCACGGAGGUAUCGCAUACCUCCAGGACGUCUCAUCAAAUCGACCUCAAAUCCUCGACCUCAUAUCAUUUCUUGGUCGGAAACAUUUCAGUAAAAAAGUCCAACCGAUUUACGCCAGGAUCCUCCUUGCAACGACUAAAUGGAAUAAAGAUCCUGAUGCAUGCAGUCACCAACAAGAGCUCGAGUCGAUGCAUUGGAAGAAUCUCAUCGAGGGGGGUUCUAAGGUACUGGACAGAGGCGUGGAUGUCCAUGAUCCUUGGGAAAUCCUUGAGGAUUUCCUUAACCACAUCGACAAUUCUGCGAAACCUCAGACGGCUAGUCAAGCGCGCACGCAGAGUAGUCAAAAAGCGGCCGAGGCUAGCAAGGAGUUGAGGCACAAGAGGCACAAGCGGCCGACGGUGUGGAGACGCGUCCGGAAUAUAUUCUGCCACCAGCCGGCAUGA